AUGCUGACCCACAUCUACAACACCGCAAAACGAAUCUUGAGUCGUUCUCCUUCAGUACAGGAUCGCGCGAGUGAGACAAGAGAUACGACACCGACAUCGCGCCACAUCGAAGUCGCCAUGGUUACUACGCGACGAGGCACAGAGACGCCGGGGCAGGACUCGGCAGCGACACCACGCAGCUCUGGGAAGCGGAAUGCCCUGAAAAGAGAAUUGGAUGCGCUUGAUACACCCACAGCUACUAAGAGGCAAAAGAAGAGCACGCCCAAGAAGAAGGUGGUCGAAGAAAUACAGGAGCCUGGCGCUGAAGAAGCCGUUCCGGACUCGGCAGAAGACACCUCAGAUACCAUCAAUGUCGCCAUUGAUCGCAUACAGACACCCAGCUUAGAAGAUAAGCUGCCUAUUCGUCGGCGGUCGAGUCCCCAGGUCGUUGUUGCUAAGCCUUCACCACCCGCCUCCACGACAGCGGAAGCCACCGAAGAGGCGGUUGAGGACGACGCGCCUACGUCUACACAAGAAGAAGAGUUCCACACACCAGAGCCGCAGGCCGAUGCAGUGCACGUGACGCCGGCUACCAGCAAGAAGACGGCUGGGUCACCCACGCCUAGAGCCAAGAGAGCAAGUGAGCGAAUAAACUCAGCGCAGAAAUCCAGUGGACGCAAGAAGGCCGCGCCAGCCGAGCAGGAAGCUUCCGCAGACGAGGCUACACCCACAGAACAAACCCCAACUCAAGAUGCAGCUCCCAAGAAAGCGCAUCUGCGCUUCGGCAGCGAAGAGCCCGCGGAAGCACAGCCAGAAGUCAUCGUGAACCUCCAAGGCCACAAGCGCUACGAAGCCCCGCCCGAAGUCGCCGAUUCCGAAGACGACGCAAGCGACUCCGACGAAGCCCCCGAAGUCGUCACAACCUCGGCCGCCGUCUCAAAAGCUAAGGCCUCCCAACAAGAUGCCGCCCGUGCCCUGCUCGCCCAGCAGGAGAAGGAACGAGCGAAGCGUGAAGCCCGCGAACAGCGCAUCGCUGAGGAACAAGCCGAGAAGCGCAAGCGCGAGGAGAAGAAGGCGAAGAAACUCGCGAAACUUGCGGCGAAGCAACAGCCCGAGGAGAUUGUGGAGAAGUCGAUGGCGGGCGAUAUCGAUCUCUCGGGUCUCCUCCCUACGUCGCUGCUUUCGAACUUGCCCGAUCAGCGCGCGCCUACGCCUCCACCUGUCCGCGCCGGAAAGACGGAGGAAGAAUUGCGCAAGGAGAAGUUGAGACAUCAUAUCAAGUUUCUCGAGCGUACGGAUAAGGGACCGAAGGAUGUGAAGAAGGGAAAACUGAGUGUUGCGGUGCUGGGUCAGCAGAAUAGAGUCCUGCCACCGAAGGCGAAUAGGGCGACGAAGAAUGUGCGGGAAAAGUGGCUCAAGGGAAGACAGGUCGAUGCCAAGAAGGGAGGGAAAGGUAUUGGGGGCAAGAUGGAGAGGAAGGCAUUCGGCAACAGAGGCUUCUUGAGAGGCGAUGAUUAG